CAUCAACAAUAAAUCGCUGCGACAGCGACCUCAGCAACAGAUCGGAUUUUCUCCCCUCACAACUACUUCACGUCGCAGCCAUCCAGGUUCUUCUUUGUUUAUAAGUCCUCCUCAUAAUAUAAACAGCCGCGAUGCCUCCUCUCAUUCUUCACAAUGUUCCGGACGACGAAUUAUAUGUAGGAGAAGACGGGAUCCAGCGCCCAUAUGCGAUGGUCUUCCCUGGCUCGGAAACCCAACACAACACCCGCGCACGCAAGCCCAUCCCCGAAAGCGGCUCCUUUGGACGAUCGGUCAGGCGUUCGCGCUCAAAGACAGGAACGCCAGCCAGGAAAGAAGACCCGAAUAUUCUUGUUGCAGAUGCGAUUUUCUCCUCAUACGUAGCCGAACUCACCAAAAAGCCGACGCCCUCAGGCAGUUCAGCCACAGAUAAAUCUCGCCGGCCCUCAGGUUCACAGCAAAGCCUCACACAACCUGUAUCGCAACUUGAUCGCAACAGCGACACGGACCAUGAGCCGAACCUCGUACACCACCCCGUCCACCGCAUCCCAACCGAGGUCAUCCUCCGUGGAUUUCCCAGCGCACAACAAUAUGCGGCCAUUUCCCACUACGAGACUCUUGCAGGCACGAUUCUUGAAGACUACCCACGGGACCCAGCUCUAUCACAGCUGAAAUUCAAGGCCGGUCGCGGAGAUCCAACCGCGCUGAGAGCCAGGACCCUGACGCCAGAAGAGAGGGCGAAAGCUUUAAGCUUUGCUGGUGGCGAAAACUGGAUCAAGAUCACAUUCGAAAGCGAGGAAGCAGCGGAGGUGGCGAUUGAAGAAAGCCCACAAACGGUUAUGGGAUUCAGUGUUUACGCAGAGUUAUGGAGAGGCGGACCACCAACAGAGCUCGACGCAGUACCAGCGCCGGGAUAUGGAGGGAGGGAAAGGCAUACACUCGGAGCCGCGGCUGGGCGGAAAGAUUGGUCUGCUGCAGGGAGGGACAGGCCAUUUGGAAGCAUGCCGAGGAAUUCGACGAUUUCAAGUGCAGGCAGGUGGGCUAGUAUUCCUAGCCCCCCAAGUCCAGAUACGAGUGAGGUUACUCUGGACACUGCGACGAUUAGCGAGACACAAUCAACUUCAACCCUCGCGGCUGGACCUCAACCACCUGCCAGGAGUAAGGAUGACGAUGUGUUCUGCCGACGUAUUCCUACAGCGAAGAAAAUGCAGCUCCUGCCUGCAUCAGAUGCCUUGCUUCCACAACAAAGUUAUUCACAGAAACUACUUGCCAGCAUACCCGUCAUCAGCUGGAUUACUGGAGAUAUCAUUGGGAGCGAGGUGCCGAGGAAGGAUGAUGGGGAAUUUGACUGGGCGCUUGCCAGCUUCUACUGGAGGCUUAUGUGGUGGCUCGAUUUCUGGCUCGGGUUUUUCGGCGGUGAUAUCGCAGGCAGCAAUAAGGAUGACUAGUCUCGAAUGGUAGAAUGCGAUGAUGUGGAUGGAGUCGGGAAGUUUUUCAGCGGGAGUAUAUUAUACGGCCAUGCCACGGGAGGCAAGGAGGGGUGGAGGCAUUGUAUGUAAUGUUAGAAAGGGGUAUUGUAGGUUAUUAUACAAGGAAAAUAUAAUAUUCGUACUAUUCGGC